AUGUGUUCCACGUUAGUCCUCCUAGAUGCAGCAGGCGUGGUGACGUGUCUGGACGAGGCUCGCCACGGGUUUGAGAGCGGAGACUUUGUGACCUUCACCGAGGUGCAGGGCAUGACGGAGCUCAACGGCUGUCAGCCAGUAGAAAUCAAGACCCUGGCCUUCAGUAUCUGUGACACCACAGGGUUCUCGGACUACGUCAGGGGAGGCAUCGUCUCUCAGGUCAAGAUGCCCCAGAAGGUGGCCUUCAAAUCCUUCACCACUUCCAUGGCGGAGCCAGAGUUUGUGGUGACAGACUUUGCUAAGUUUGAACGACCAGGACAGGUUCACCUGGGCUUCCAGGCUCUACACAGCUACCAGAGGAAACACAGCAGGCUGCCCAAGCCCUGGUGCCAGGCUGAUGGAGAGGAGUUGGUGUCCCUGGCUAAAGAGGUGAACGCCGCCCAGACGGGGUCAGCCAAGGUGGACGAGCUGGAUGACACGCUCAUUAAGAAACUAGCCUUCGUCUCCGCCGGCGACUUGGCACCAAUCAACGCUUUCAUUGGUGGACUGGCCGCACAGGAAGUUAUGAAGGCGUGUACAGGGAAGUUCAUGCCCAUGAUGCAGUGGCUGUACUUUGACGCUCUGGAGUGUCGUUCUGAGGAAGAGGGAGGAGCCAUGCUCACUGAGGAGGACUGUGCCCCUAGGAACAGUCGUUAUGACGGCCAGAUCGCAGUGUUCGGCUUCAAGCUGCAGGAGGAGCUGGCUAAACAACGCUACUUCCUGGUUGGGGCUGGCGCUAUUGGCUGUGAGCUGCUGAAGAACUUUGCCAUGAUUGGAUUGGCUGGCGGAGAGGGUGAGGUCAUCGUGACAGACAUGGACACCAUUGAGAAAUCCAACCUCAACAGACAGUUCCUCUUCAGGCCGUGGGACGUGACGAAGAUGAAGAGCGAGACGGCGGCGGCGGCGGUGAAGCAGAUGAACCCGWCCAUCCGGAUCACGGGACACCAGAACCGCGUCGGGCCCGAAACCGAGCGUGUCUACGAUGACGACUUCUUCGAGAGCCUUCACGGAGUCGCCAAUGCUCUGGACAACGUCGACGCACGUAUGUAUAUGGACCGGCGGUGUGUCUACUACAGGAAGCCCCUGUUAGAGUCCGGUACUCUGGGUACCAAGGGGAACGUUCAGGUGGUCAUCCCCUUCCUGACAGAGUCGUACAGCUCCUCCCAGGAUCCCCCGGAGAAGUCCAUCCCCAUCUGCACACUGAAGAACUUCCCCAACGCCAUCGAACACACACUGCAGUGGGCCCGUGAUGAGUAGGGUCUGUUUAAACAGCCAUCAGAGAAUGCUAUGCAGUACCUGACUGAUGCAAAGUUCCUGGAGAGGACCCUGAAGCUGCCUGGAGCCCAGCCUCUAGAGGUGUUGGAGGCCGUCUAUAAGAGUUUGGUGAUCGACUGCCCUCGCAGCUGGGCCGACUGUGUCACCUGGUCUCGUCACCACUGGCAGUGCCAGUACAGCAACAACAUCCAUCAACUACUGCACAACUUCCCCCCAGAACAGGUGCAUAGAACCAACUCUCUGGCGCCCCUUUGGUCCGGUCCAAAGAGAUCUCACCCUCUGGAGUUUAGCACCAGCAACGACCUCCAUAUGGACUAUGUGAUGGCAGGAGCCAACUUGUUUGCCCAGUCGUACGGCAUGCAGGGCUCUACCGACCGUGUCGGUGGCUAAGAUCUGGACAGCCUAUCGGUGCCCACCUUCGUCCCCAGGUCAGGGGUCAAGAUCCACGCUCUCGACCAGGAGCUGCAGAGCGCCAAUGUCAACGUCGGUGAGGAGAGGGCUUUUACAUUUAAGGUGAUCAUUCCCUCGUCUGUGUGUUCCAGGAUGAUGACUCUGUGUUUUCUCUGUGUGUUCCAGGAUGAUGACUCUAACUUCCACAUGGACUUCAUUGUAGCUGCUUCCAACCUGAGAGCAGAAAACUACAACAUUCCCCCUGCAGACAGACACAAGAGUAAGCUGAUAGCUGGGAAGAUCAUUCCUGCGAUAGCGACCACCACAGCAGCGGUCGUAGGUCUGGUCUGUCUGGAGCUCAUCAAGAUCGUUCAGGGACACAAGAAGGUGGAUUCGUUUAAGAACGGCUUCAUGAACCUGGCGCUGCCUUUCUUCGGCUUCUCAGAACCCGUCGCUGCUCCCAGCCACAAGAUUGACUGGUCUCUGUGGGAUCGUUUUGAGGUGAAGGGUCUGCAGGCCAGUGGAGCGGAGAUGACCCUCCGACAGUUCCUGGACUACUUCAAGAAUGAGCAUCAGUUGGAGAUCACCAUGCUGUCUCAGGGAGUCUCCAUGCUCUACUCCUUCUUCAUGCCUGCAGCUAAACUCAAGGAGAGGCUGGUGUUACCGAUGACAGAGAUUGUGACCAAGGUUUCUAAGAAGAAGCUGGGGAAGCAUGUGAAAGCGGUGUUUGAGCUGUGCUGCAACGACCUAAAUGACGAAGAUGUGGAGGUUCCCUACGUCAGAUACACCAUCCGCUGAACACGCACACCGGGGCGGGGCUGAAUCACUGGGGGCGGGCUGAAUCACU